GGAAAAGAAGUGUCGUGAAUUGUUCCACGGAAAAUCACUUUAAAACGUUUGAUAAUGUGCUAAAAACCUAAUUUUUGUAUCACCACACUGUAGUUAGGUGCAGCCUACAUCUAUGGGUGAUAUUUUUGCGUGAAAAUGGUAAGAAAAACACGCACUUCAGCUGCAGUGAAAAAUUGCACUCCGCCACCGAAAGACAAUGACAGGGGCGAGACUUUGCCACCCGAAACGAUAGCGACAGUGAGCAGUGAAGUGGAUUCUAGUGUCGAUAGCGUUAGCGAGACGGAAGCUAGUAGUUCUUUGGAUGCGAUUUCGUCAUCAAGUUUAAAGCCAUCGGUUGUGAUUGAAAUGUUACCAAUGGAUAAAAUUAACCAACCUCUAGCAUCCGGUGUGAAGAAGACACGUAGUAAGGCAAGAGCAUCUCCUGUAUCGAGGACAACCAGAAGUCAAAAGAGAAGUUCUCCAAUGUCAGCGGACGACGAAGAAAUCAUUGAGUUGAUUGAGAUAUUGGAUGAUGAUUCUAAGUCGCGUGAAAGUAGUAAUGCAGAACCGGAGACUGAAGGUCGCGCUUUUGUGAAACUAGAUCAAGAUUAUGAUGAAAUAGCUAGUUCGGUCAUCGUCAAGGGUUCGCUGAAAGCGACCGACGAAACAAGAAUGCAAACAGAUGAACCGGUCAAAAAGUCAAGUCCGAGUGAGGAUCGUACAAUUCACGUGCUCAUGGAUAAGAUGGACAUAACGAAUGUUUCUUCAGUUCAGCAAAAAACUGAGAAAAAGUCAGAGGAAGACGAUGCUGCCAGCUCUGUCAGCAGUGGACCUCAAACCAGUCACGAUGGUGAAGAAGAUAAGCUUCCUAAAACGGAGGUGGUCGGAACACGCAAGUCGAAACGUCAAGUGAAGGUGACGAAUAAGUAUCGUGAUUUUGUGGUUGAUGCUCCACUGCCUUCUUCGCAAGUUCCUUAUUCGGAUAUAAAACUGGCGCGUGGUAAUGCCGGAGGACGAAAGAGUCACGCUAAAGAACUUGAACUAUCUUCAUCGGAUGAUUUUUCCCCGGAUUCUCCUCCUAUGGUCAUUCAAGCACCAAAAAAAACCUACAGUAAUAAAAAAGGAAACAGUUCUAGCUCUGACAAAGCAGAACCUGAGGAACCACAAAAAAGACGGGUUACAAGAUCGGCUACACCGGUUUCCCAUCGCGGUCGUAAGAAGAAAGAGUCUGUUACUGCUAAUCCUGUGACUUUGCUUCAACCAGAUGAUGAAACAAUCGAAUUUCCGCGGCCAAACGAUAAAAACGAAUCUACCUUAACGCUGAACAUUGAUAGUAGCUAUUUUUCGGACGAAGAUAUUUUUGGAUUUGAUGAGACUCAAUCGCCGGAAGAGUUUUGUGGUUGGCCCGAAGAUGAAUGCCAGGAUCCGAGUGCAAGCUCGUCUUUUUCGACACUGUCGAGACUAACUUACACCCCGGAGCCGUGUUUUUCGGCUGCAUCGUUCCAUUCGUUAGGCGAGAUGGAGUAUUCUGAAGCAAAACUCGAAACCAAUUCCGCAAAACGACGUGGGAGACCUCCGAAACAAGCAACACAAACAGCACCGAUCAUGCCGAUAGUGGAAACAAGCACACGUCCUGCGGGUUCCACGUUUAUUAAGAGAUCAUAUAAAACGGCUAAAACCAGUCCGGCAAGAGCUGCUACGCCCGGAUUGGAUUCCAACUUACAGAGCAUUGUUAAAAUAAAGGAACAGAAACAAACGGUUCAACCAAUGGAAAUUGUACAGCCAAUUGCAAGUGAGCUUCAGGAAACUGCCGGAAUCGACGAUGUUGUUGAGGAUGCUAUAGAAAUAGUGCUGCAAGCCGAGGAAAUUAUCAUCGAUAAAGAUGCUUCCGUGCUGGAUUCCGUUGCAGGCAUUCCUAAGCCGCCUAGAAAUCGACGAAGAAUUCGCGGUGGUAGACGGCCAUCCCCCACCAGUGGUGCUCCGCGAAGGGGCAGAAGCCGUGUCGAUGACGACGUUGAUGGUGAUUCUACCAUGGAAGGUCCAACGGUUGCUUCGAUUGCGGCAACACAAGAUGCUGAACUCGUCUCAUCGAUAGAAGUAGAGGAACAACCAAUUCCGGCGGUUGAAGUUGCCGUUUUGCCGCCGUUGGCGGCGGAACACCUUCAGGAGACAUUAUUGUCGACCGUGAAAGAACCUGUCCCAGUUGCAUUGGACGUCGAUGAAAGAUCCAUCAAGAAAAAGCAUAAGAAAUAUAAAUCGAAAGACGAAUACAAGCACGAUGUUUCAUCGGAAGUACGAAAAUCGGAGUCCAAAUCCCACAGUCCGGUUACGCAAGUGAAAGCAUCUACCUCGGAAACGGCACUGAAAGAUGUUAAAGAAUCUUCUAGUUCCACGCCUAAAACGACCGAUUCCGGAGAGAUUAUUAUUUUGGACUCUAAGGAUAUAAUUCCCAAAGCGGCCGCUAUCAGCAACGAACCUUCCGGUGAAAUCAAAGACCGCGGCUCAAAAGAAUAUUCCCAUAAGGAAUCGAAGAAAUCAUCCCGAGAUAGUCGAGAUCACCGCAGACCGAGCUCCUCUUCGAGAGAUCCUAAAAAGCGUCACAAAGAUCGUUAUAAGGACUCCAAGGACAGAGAUCGGGAUCGGGAUCGGGAGGACAGUCGUAAGGAUCGUGACUCUUCGAAGAGUAGUAAGGACAGAGAUAAAGAACGAUAUCGGAAACGUUCGACUGAUAGCAGAAAAGAGCGACGCUCAGACAUUCCAGAGGUAGACCAAAAGCGAACGGACUCGAAGGAUUCUAGUAGCGGUGACAAAAAGGUGGAGGUAGAAAAGAAACCGACGGUGGAAAACCGACCAGUUGAAACGAUUGAAAAGCGGGAUUCAAAGCCAGUGGCAACACCAACGAUUGUGAAAGUAUUGGAUAAACCAAAAAAAUGCUUCGAUUCCGAACUGCAAGCGAUGGAUCCGAAGCAAAAGUCCUACGAUGAAUCGAAACGGUCGCGAGAACAUGACAAGUCACGCAAAUCGGACAAGCAUAAGCAUCGCAGUGAAUCGGAGCUGCGAAAAAAGGGCUCCGUUAGUGAGCUGAAAUUGUCACAACACAAGGAAUCGAAGGAAAAAAGUCGAUCCACGGAUUCAUCUCCGGUGCCUCUCAAAGUGCAGGGUGAUUCAGAGGUACGUAAAAAGUCAUCCUCCGAGCUGCGAUUACCUUAUGAAAGAAGCAAAGAAAAAAGUCGCUCGACAGAUUCCUCACCGGUACCGUCUAAGCAUGGUUCUUCCAGUUCCAGUUCGAGGAAAUCCUCUAAGGAAUCUAGCAGUUCUCGUAAGGAUUUGCAUUCUACUUCUACUACUACUACCAGUAGUAGUAGCAGUAGCAGCAGUAGUUCAAAAGCACGGAAAGCUUUAGCUGAUUCAUUGAAGGACGAAAAGUCGACAGAAAAAAUCAAAUACAAACAAUCAUCCCAAGAUAAAAUUCCACAAGAGGAUGUCAAACCGUCAACGGUUACGGUCGUUCCGCAAGUGGUAGAGUCAUUACCGGUAAAGGAAGACCCCAUCCCUGUGCAAGAGUUUUCCACCGUGUCUGCGCCACAGGAAGCAGUCCGACCGGAAACACCUCGUGUCGCAACCAAAGCAUCCCGGAAAAUGUACCAGAGUGAAGAGGACAAGCAACAAAUGGAAAUCCUGCAGCCAAAGGUUGAGGAACCUUUGCCUUUGCCACCGAUCGACGUUACUGUUGUAAAGCAGGAACAAAAGCCGGAAGAGCCAAGUACGAUAAAAUUAGAAAGAGAUGAAUCUUCGGUACAGGAAAUUUCCGACGCAUUCGAUGCUAGCGUUCAGAUAUCCGGCCCACGGCCGGAGAUUGCUCUGAAAGAAUUCGAAAACAUAUCGAUUUCGGAUGAGAAAUCCGCGGCUGAGCUGCCAGUAAUUCCGAAAUUGGAACCGAAGGCGGACGAUUCUUUGCCGCCGUCGUCGUCGUUGUUAUUGCAUGACAGGUCAUCCCCAUCGCAGGAACUGUCCAAUAAUGAGGAUUCUAAUUCGAACUCCACCAAUAGUUCGAUGUUGGACACGUCGAAGGAAGUGAAAACGGAAACCGCUGACGACGGGUCCAUUCGACGGUCUUCUCGCAUCAAGACGAUUAGUUCGCAAAAGCAACGGACCAGCGGACAUGGGUUGGUUAAGGAUAAGGAUAAAUUUUUGAAGAAAACAACCAUUUCCGUUGGGAUCGAUUCGAAAGUUUUGAAAGAUGCGGUUACUGGAAAUUUUAAUGUGAUUUCAGCCGCGGAUGGUGUUGCGAUGGAACAGUCGGUCGCCGCUGGCGAUUGUGAUCCGUCGGUAACGAAUAUUGAACUUUCGGAGGAAUAUCUGCGUGAUAUGGAGGAUAAGUUGAGUCGGUUUGAGACGAUUCGCGAAAAUAUGUACCAUUGCGAAAAGGUGAUUAGUAAGGAGGCGAAGAAAAUGAUGUGCGAUUGUUUUUUGACCGGGGAGGAUAUCGAGCGUGGCGAGUUGGGUUGUGGGGAGGAUUGUCUGAACAAGCUGCUGAUGAUCGAGUGCGGUUCACGGUGCGUCGUGGGAGAGCGCUGUACGAAUAAGCGCUUCCAAAAGCAGGACUAUGCAAACUGCCAGGUUUUCCGUACGGAAAAGAAGGGUUUUGGAAUCCAGGCCAGUACGCAAAUCGUGCCGGGGGAGUUUAUCAUGGAAUACGUCGGUGAGGUGUUGAACAGUGAGCAGUUUGACGAACGGGCCGAGUUGUAUUCGAAGGAGAAAAAUAAGCACUAUUAUUUUAUGGCGCUGCGAAGCGAUGCCAUCAUUGAUGCCACCACAAAGGGAAAUAUUUCUCGAUUUAUCAAUCACUCGUGUGACCCGAAUGCUGAGACGCAAAAGUGGACCGUUAAUGGUGAACUGCGGAUUGGAUUUUUCAGUACAAAAUACGUCAUGCCGGGGGAGGAAAUUACCUUCGACUAUCAGUUCCAGAGGUAUGGCCGGAGAGCUCAAAAGUGUUACUGUGAGGCUGAAAACUGCACUGGUUGGAUAGGUGGUGAUCCUGGCAGUGACGGCGAGUCGGAAUAUGAAGAGGAAGAGGUGGAAGAAAGUGAAGAAGAAGACACACAAACGGCGGAAGCUGCUGUUGUUUCCACUGACACUGCCUUGGAGAAUCUCAAGCUUGAAGGCGGUAAGGAAGGAGAAGGAAUUGCUCGGCCAACGGCAGAGGGCGAUGCACAACUGAUGAAACAAGACGAAUCAAUCCCCGUGAUUAAAUCGGAACAAAAACCGCGUAAGGUUCGUAAGCGAGUUGAACGUCCCAAGAAGCGACGACAGCAGAUUCUCGAAGAUCCUGAUCUGGAGAAGGAAAUCAAUCAGCUGUUGAAAACAGGUUUGAAGAAUCAAGCUCAAACACUGAAGCUAUCCCGGUUGAUGGUUCGCGCCAAGGAUAUCAAAUCCAGAAGUCGUCUGCUAACGAUCCUACAAAGCGGGGAGUUACCCUGCCGGCGAUUGUUCUUGGACUAUCAUGGUCUGCGACUACUGUACGGUUGGAUUUGCGAAUCAACCGAAUCCAUUGACGAUCUCAAAUUUCGAAUUCAAAUCUUGGACACAUUGGAUCGGUUACCCAUUCCGAAUAAAACAAUGUUGAAAGAUAGUAAAAUAUUGCAAACGAUUGAAAGGUGGGGCAAAAUUGAAAAAUCCAAGGACAAAGAUAAGGAAGAGGAGAAAGAAAAAGAGCGGGAAACGUCCAGUACUAGCUCACCCAGUGAUAGCAAUGGCGCUGGAAGUGACAGCAAUUCUACGGAUGCCAAAAAGCAGGAUAUCGUCGGUAGCGUAGAAGUACUGAAGAACAUGCCUGAGCUGCUUAAACUAGCGGAUCUUGGCAAACUCAAAGAAAUCAUAAGCAGCACCUGCGUGGAGAAAGACACCGACAAGGAAAAACCCUCCAGUAGUUCUAUUGCCGAAACCAUCCCCUCGGCAGCUAGUUUGAUGGACUCAAUCGAGAUCCCCGAGCCGGAGGACGAGAACGCUCCAGAGGAGAAGCGGCUGGGAACCCAGAUUCGCAUCCUUUCCUGCAAGCUCCUAAUCAGUUGGAUCAACUUGAAAGAGGUAUUCAGAAUUCCCAAGAAGGAACGAAUCGAGCAGAUGAAGGAACACGAACGCGAAGCCGACUUGCGCUACAAAGCGCUCGGCCUGGGCGAUGACGACGAUCAGAGCUCAUCCUAUCGGCACGCCGCCUCUAGUCGCUACUUCGAUCGGUCGCGGGAGAUGAAACGACGCAAAUCGGUCGACGAAGCUAGCUUUUACAAGAUGAAACGGGCCCUAGCCGCCACUGCCAGUCCAAUGCCCAAAAUGGACAAUCUCUCCAAACAACAGCGACGGCAGCUGUUCGAAAUGAAGGUCGCUCACGAGGAGGCCGAACGUAGAAAUAAGGAACUUUGGAUGCAGCACGAAAACAACUGCCUAAAGUUUGGACUUAAUCCGCAUUUAACCGCUCCGCAUGAUGUUCCGGCCAAGAUGAACCCCGCCACCGGUGAAUACUUCUCAGCAGAUGACCGCCUUCUACCCACACCUCCCAGUCACGUGUACUUCAAAGUGCUGCCUCCCCCGAUGCCCACUAGUCCGGAAGACUACGAACUGCCUCCGAUGGAUUUGCCGCCGCUGUGGAAAUUCGCCAUUGACGAUCGUGGUCGUCUCUACUACUAUCAUGUGAAAGACCGAGUACCUCAGUGGGAGCCACCGAAAAAAGACAACCAAGGUGGACCGGGACAAGGUUUGCGCGAUGAGGACAUUUCCAUGAGUUCAGACUCUAGUACCACCGAUACGGAAGACUCCGAAGAGGAGUACCUCAACACACAGCUGGAGCAACUGCAAAAACGGAAGAAAAAGCAGCAAUCCAGCUUCAAUUUAGAUGACGUACUAGCUAAGCCGGACGACAUGAAUGAUGACCUUUCCAAAACGAUCAAAGAUCUGGAAGCAGGGGAUUCAUCUCCAAAUGCUAGCAGCAAAGUCGACAAGGCGCUGGGGGAUACGUUCGACAAAAAUGCCGAGGAGCUGCUGCAGCACCGUAAGCGGAAGCACAGCAACAAGCUGGUUCAGGAGCGGGUGAUCAGCCCUCGAACCGAGGAGGACAAACUGUACGGCCAAAUGGAGAUGAAACGCUACAAGGAAACCAAAGAAAAGCUACGCCGGCGAAAGGAGGAAGCCAAGCGGCUUCGCGCUCGUAGCAUGCUGGACAAAUCACUAGCGGCCGACAGUCCGUUCAGUGGCUCGUUCUCCGCCGACCCACUGGAUAAGAGUGCCGCUGAAAGUUCACUCAUCGAUGACGACCUGGUUGUGUCGCACAAGAUUGUCGACGAUAAGUGCAUAGUUGAUGAGCUGGACAUCCUAACGAAGAAGAAGAAAAUAUCGCCCUACGAAGAGUGGCAGAAGGUAAAGCAGCGUUUGGGUAAGAAACGGGCUGCAAAAAUGGGCGAAAGUUCCACCUUCAGUGGAUCGACUUCGUCGGGAGGAGCAUCCACCUCGGCCGGGGCAAGCUCGUCGAAGGUUGGCAAACGCAAAAAGACUGACAAGUUAGAUCUCAACAGCGAGGAAGCCAAAAAGAUCAAAGAAAAAUUCCGCGGUGAAAUAGCUGGAGUCAUCGUGCAGCAUUUGGGUGCGUAUCGGAAAGAUUCGUGCCAAACCGGUAGAAUCACCAACACGGAGGACUUCAAACACCUGGCCAGAAAGCUAACCCACUUCGUUCUGGUGAAGGAACUCAAGCACUGCGACAACACGGUCAACGAGCUAGAGGUAACGGACUCCGUCCGGACCAAGGCACGUGAGUUCAUUAAAAAGUAUAUGGCCAAACACGGUACCGUGUACGUUCGGGGUGAAAACGAACCCGACUAUGCUAGCAUAAAUCUCUGAGACAACGCCAAGGGGAAAGUGGAGAAACAACCGGCACCGGUUGAAGCUCCACCGGCUCCCCAGAGUUAAAUCUAGUAUGCUGACAGUUCGCUGAAAGUGUGAAGGAUGUGCUUGUGACGGCGUAUUUAGGAUAGGCUCAAUUUAUGACGGCUCGAUCCGAUUUAAUUACGUACAAAAAAGAUUGUAUUGACAUCUGCACUAGCAUAGUUGGUUUCCAAAAUCAAUUGAUGUGCAUUAUAGAAUUUUAACCACUAUGUAAUAAAAGAAAGUA